UACAAAUUUGAAACAUCGGUUAUGCAUUGACUUUAUGUUGUUUUGAAGGAAAAACUUUGACUAUUUUUAUUAAAAGUAGAAAUGUCUCAUGUAAUUUUUAAUAUUCCAUCAUUGAAGGAAUUAGAAGGUUACAUCGAUAUAGCCAAGAGUAGAAGACAAGAACACAAGUCCAAAUUAACUGAAAGCUCAUUCGAAACGGAUGUAAUUUCCUACGCUUUAAGAGAGGCUAUCGAUCAUUUGAAAAUCCUUGGAAGUACACUCCCUUUCAACUCGUUUGAUUGGAGUAUUGUUCAGCAGGAUAAUCUACAGAAAUUGAAUGUUUACAUCGGUGAAGGUGGUCUACUGUAUCCAAAGUACCAUGAGUAUGAGAUGAAUCACUUGUGGAAAAUACAGAAAGACAGGUACUUUCUUGAAAACGUCCUGAAACAGACCCGAGACGAACUGGGAAAUGAGGAAGGCUUUUUUGCAAAAUUUUUAAAUGAAACUCUGGCUGAUUUAUGUAGCAUGGAGUACGUGAGAGAGCGCAUAGAGUUGAAACGCAAUGAUUUGAAGUUAACAGCUAGCGAACUGCAGGCUGAUAUAAGAAGUUUAUGCCUCAAAAACAAGGAGAUGGAAACUGUGGAAGAUGAUAUCACUUUCGAAAACGAGCUAAUCCUAGACGAAACAAUCGAAUGUAAGGCUAAGGAACGGUAUGUGCAGAGAUGGGAGGAAGCACGCAUAUAUCAGAACCAGUUGAGACUUAAAUACAAGGAAGACAACAUGAAAAACGACAUUAGAAGACGGUUGAAAUACUCGGAUCUACUUAACAGGGCCAAUGAAGCCAUGAAUGCAUUCAGGAUGACUGAAGCUGGGGUAUGUAAUAAAUAUGUAUGAAAUAGAAUACAAAUUGAAUAGAUAAGCAGUAUAAUUCAAUGAAUUUGAAAGUUAUUGUAAUUGUGGGUUGCACUUAAU